UAUACAUAUUUGUAUAUCGGUAAUCAGAAUAGGAUUUCUUGUUACAAGUGCUCGGGUUUUUUUUUUUUUUUCUUAUUUAUAUUGUCGUCAUAGUUGUACAGUCUAUUCAAUUCAUUGAAUUACCUUGUAUUUAUACAUAUACAUAUCGACCGGGAGAGGAGAGAAGCACUGCACAUGGCGUCGGAGGAAGUUGUCGAUUUGGAGCACCAAAAUCACAACUUUCACUUCGAGAAUGGACCUGCCGCAGCCAUCUUCUCCAAAGCCACUCUCCCUGUCACUCUCAAGUUUAAGGAUGUGAUCUACAAAAUCAAAAUCGAGAAACCAGGAAAGUUCGUUAAAGCCGCCGGGAAAUCGGAGGAGCGGACGAUCCUCAAGGGAAUCUCCGGCGUGGUCUCGCCGGGAGAGAUUCUCGCCAUGCUCGGCCCCUCCGGCAGCGGCAAAACCACGCUCCUCACCGCACUCGGCGGCCGCCUCGGCGGCCGCCUCGCCGGCAGCGUGUCCUACAACGGCCGGCCGUUCUCCAACGCUAUGAAACGCAACACUGGAUUCGUUACCCAGGACGACGUCCUCUAUCCUCACCUGACGGUGACGGAGACCCUCGUCUACACAGCCCUUCUUCGGCUGCCACGUGUCCUCUCGAAAGCCGAGAAGACGGCUCACGCCGAAGCCGUCAUCGCGCAGCUCGGCCUCACGCGCUGCCGGAACAGCAUCAUCGGCGGGCCGCUCCUCCGCGGAAUCUCCGGCGGCGAGAGGAAGCGCGUGAGCAUCGGCCAGGAAAUGCUGAUCAAUCCGAGCCUCCUGUUCCUCGACGAGCCGACUUCGGGGCUCGACUCCACGACGGCGCAGCGCAUCGUGUCGACUCUGUGGGAGCUCGCUAACGGCGCCAGAACCGUCGUCAUGACCAUCCACCAGCCGUCGAGCCGCCUCUUCUACAUGUUCCAUAAAGUGCUUCUCCUCUCCGACGGCAAUCCUCUGUACUUCGGCAAGGGCUCCGCCGCCGUCGACUAUUUCUCCUCCGUCGGAUUCUCCCCCGCCGUCGCCAUGAACCCCGCCGAUCUCCUCCUCGAUCUCGCCAACGGUGUAUCGACGGGUGAGAACGGCGAAGAUCAAGCGGCGGUGAAGCAGACAUUGGUGGCGGCGUACAAAACACACUUAUCGGAAAUCGUGGAAUCCGAACUCACCGACUGCUCCGCCGAACCUCCCGUCGCCGGAGAUGACAGAACACUGAGCCGGUGGUCCAACACCUGGGUCAAUCAAUUUUCAGUGCUUUUCCGGCGAGGUAUAAAAGAGCGAAAACACGAAUCCUUCGCCGGAAUCAAAGUCGCCCAGGUUCUAAUCGUCGCCAUAGUCGCCGGACUGUUAUGGUGGCAAUCCAGCACCAGUCAUCUGCAAGAUCAGGUGGGGCUAAUGUUCUUCUACUCAGCUUUUUGGGGAUUCUACCCAUUAUUCCAGGCGAUCUUCACAUUCCCUCAAGAACGAUUGAUGCUGGAGAAGGAGCGUGCGUCGGGGAUGUACCGCCUCUCGUCGUACUUCAUGGCGCUGACCGUCGGCGACCUUCCGAUGGAGAUGGUCCUGCCGACGAUGUUCUACACGAUAACGUAUUGGAUGGCGGGGCUGAAGCCGACGGCGGGGCACUUCUUCUGGGGUCUGUUGGGGCUGCUGUACGGCGUGCUCUGCGCGCAGGGGCUGGGGCUGGCGAUCGGCGCGGCGGUGAUGAACCUGAAGUCGGCGACGGUUUUCGCGUCGGUGAUAAUGUUGACGUUCCAGCUGGCGAGCGGGUUCUUCGUGCAGAACGUGCCGAUUUUUAUCCGUUGGAUUAAAUAUAUAUCGAUCAGUCAGUAUACAUUCAAGAUCCUGGUGGCGGCGCAGUAUAAGGUUGGGGAGACGUAUCCUUGCGGCGGCGGCGGCGGCGAGGUUUGUUUGGUGGAGGAUUUUCCGGCGAUCAAGCCGGUGGGGCUGCGGGGGGUUUCGACGGCGAUCGGCGCCAUGGCGGUGAUGAUUGUUGGUUACCGUCUGAUUGCCUAUUUGGCGCUUACCAGAGUCGGUGCGUUGAAGAAGUGAUUAUUAUUAUUAUUAUUAUUAUUAUUAUUAUUAUUAUUAUUAUUAUUAUUAUUAUUAUUAUUAUU